UCCCCGAAAAUCGCCCCCCUUGUGCUUCGACCAGUGAUUUCAAUUGGUGGUGGUCACUGCAAAGGGAUCGAUCACCAGCGGAAUCCUCGCCACCUCCUCCUCCAUCAAUCGUUCGAUGAAACAGUAGAGUUUUCAUGUCUGUUUCGUCAUCGUCGUCGUCAUCGAUCAGUCGCUUUCGCAGCCGUUGCGAGAGUUGUGAAAUGAGUGGAGAACGUAGUCUUCUGGACUGUGGGGAUAGCGGGGUGGCGCAUUCUGAGCCGACAAACGACCCAUGGAUGAACACAGAUCAGUCUUCGAGCAUCCUAAUUGAUAGCCACAAUUUGCUGGUGUUGGAAUCACCUGGCCAUGGUAGAGAGAUUAAGGAAUUUUCUGGCGCCCAGGAUCGGCAUUUGACUGGUGCAUCAGAUGAAAAAUUAGGUUUUGCGGAGAGAGCAUUUUCUGCAGCCGGUGCAGCAUUUUUUUCGGCCAUAAUGGUCAACCCUCUCGAUGUUGCCAAGACAAGGUUGCAAGCGCAAGCUGCCGGGGUUCCUUAUUCCCAUCCAUUGAGUAAUAUCACAAGUCGCAUGGCAUUUUUCGGGCCAAAUAUGAUGUUUGCGGACCUGAGAUGUUCUCCGUCUUGCACACGUGCUGGAGUGCACGGUACUGUGUCGAUAUGUCCUCCAGAUUGUUUUCAAUACAAAGGGACUCUAGAUGUCUGGUACAAAAUUAUUCGACAGGAAGGAUUUUUAAGGCUGUGGCGAGGCACCAAUGCAGGUCUUGCAUUGGCUGUACCAACAGUGGGCAUAUACUUGCCAUGCUAUGAUAUAUUCCGCAAUUUAUUAGAAGAUCGCUGUGCCAUGCUUGCACCUAGCUUGACGCCCUAUGUUCCUUUAUUUGCGGGGUCACUAGCUCGCUCUUUAGCUUGUGCGAGUUGCUACCCCAUUGAACUGGCCAGAACUCGCAUGCAGGCUUUUAAGGCUACGGAAACCAGCAAGAAGCCUCCUGGAGUUUGGAGAACCCUAUUUGAAGUAGUGUCUCCUGUCAGGGGCACAAGUAAUGCGCCGAACAGCUUGCAAAACUACCGUGUCCUGUGGACAGGCAUGGGAGCACAGCUUGCACGCGAUGUUCCUUUUUCAGCAAUCUGUUGGUCAACACUCGAGCCUAUUAGGAGAAAACUGCUUAGGACCAUUGGUGAUGAAGCUAGUGCAGUUGCUGUCCUUGGAGCUAAUUUUUCUGCUGGAUUUGUAGCAGGAAGUCUCGCUGCAGCUGCUACAUGUCCUUUUGAUGUAGCUAAAACAAGAAGGCAGAUAGAGAUGGAUCCAAUGAGGGCGUUGAAAAUGACAACGAGGCAGACUUUAGUGGAGAUUUGGCGGGAUGGAGGAUUGAAGGGACUCUUUACUGGAGUGGGUCCUCGUGUUGGCCGUGCAGGGCCUUCUGUAGGCAUUGUGGUAUCCUUUUACGAAGUUGCGAAGCAUGUCCUGCACGCCCAAUAUGCAACUUCAUGAUUUGGCUAAUAGCAGCCUCCUCCUGAUAUUCCGUCUCCUCGAGGUGUGGCCGCCAAACGGAAGUAUCGCGUUCUGACUUGACUUGAGAAACAUUGACGAUUCCCACAGAAUGCUGACCUCUUUGCAAUACAGAAGGAAGGCAGACAGAAAUGAGCAAUUCUCAUAUUUUCUUCGUUCUUUUGUUCUUGGCCUUGCAGCCAAAGUACAGCUGCUUACUCUCUUUCCUCACAAUGGAUAUUUUCGUUCCAUUGAAUUUUCAAUGCUCGCAGAUGAGCAGAAAUUUUGUAGAGUUUCGAUGUUUUCAGAAAGUUUUGGGUUGGUCACCCUCGAGCUUAAUUUAAUCAUAUCCCUUGUCUUCACAGAAUUGGAUGAGA